UUGAGGUAGUGAAACACCAUGUAUGACAGAGCUCCUAGAGAUCUGGUGAAGACAUAUGGAUCCACUCCAGGAAAUGUGGGACCAGGCUCAUAUGAUAGAGGAAUUAAUAUGAAAAAUCUUUAAAAAUCUAACUGGGCCAGGAAAGAUGAAACUAGUGCCCUGGCCAGAGCUAAACUCAAGGCUGAUGGAUAUGCCCCUUUCUUGUCUAUGACAAGUCGAGAAACAUUCCUAAAUGUUAGUGAUCAGGUUGUUGCAGCCCCUGGACCAGGUCAUUAUGAUCCUCAAAAUGCUCAAGAUUUUGUUCCUGGAGGAAAAACACUGGCCAAUAAAUCUAAAAGAUUCCAGGGCCAGAUUCCAGAGAACCCAGGACCAGGGACGUACAGUACAGAAAAGUACACAGACUUCAGGGCCAGCAAGUCUGCCCCAGGCAGUAUCCAGGGCAAAAAUAAUGCUGGAAGUUUGGUGACAAGCAGAAUCAAAUUCCACAGGAAGCCAGAGGCACCCUCUAUUCCUAUGCCAGGGCAGGCCUAUGGGUACGAAGAAUGUGAAGACGGAACUCUAAAAAAACAGGAUGCUCCUGACAAGGAUAAAACUAUAGGACCAGCCUUCUAUAACCCAUCUGCAGAUCCUACAAAGGCCACAAAAACAUAUCAGGGUGUCCACUUCAGUAAAUAUGCCUCCAAACGUAUGGACCUCAGUAAAGGGAAGAUGGGCCCCGGGCCAGGGGACUAUGAGCCCUAUGUUAAUGUACAGAACAGAGCAGAAAAUGUGAAUGCUACAGAGGAAUCUCACAGGUUUGAGGCCAGGAUUCCUAGAUACCACGAGUCAAUUGUCAAGGAUGAGGAGAAGAAGGCCAUUCCUGGACCAGGGAAGUAUGAUGUUAAAGGAGGGUUUGAUCCUGAACCUCCAAAAGUCAAUACAGAGGGAAUAGAAGUAGAACACCCUCCCUUUAUGUCACAGGCCAAGAGAUUUACCCCAAUUAAGAAGACCCUCCCUGCUCCUGGUACAUACAAUGACCCCCGUAAUGCACUGGAGACCCUAAAGAGAACUACUGGACUGAAGAGAUCCCCAUUUGGACAGACCUCAGUUAGAUUUAACCCUGAACCCCAUGUCAAGAAAACACCAGGACCUGGUGCCUAUAACCUGACCGGAAUGGGAUCUGAUAGCAUGAGGAAAGCCUACAUAGAGAGCACCAGAAAAGGUGUGUUUGGCACCACCUCGGUCAGAGUCAAACCAAUCACCAAGAAGGAUGAAACCGAAGUACCGGGACCAGCUCAUUACCAGGUCAAGGAAAAACCAUUCCAAAACCGAUACCAGAACCUGACAUCUAACUUCUCCUCUGUGACAGCCAGACUUCCAGAACAGCCUACAAUAAUUAAGGAGAUGCCACCCCCUGGGUCCUACGAAGUCAUCCAGUCCUAUGAGCAGUCCCAGCUGCGAACCUGUGAGAGGACCAAGCCCAGGACGGAUGAGGCCAAGAGGAAACACGGCUCCUUCCUCUCUGCCGCCUCCAGAUUCGCCCCACCCCGAGACAUGGUUGUCUCCAACACCGACGCUGACUUCCCAGGUCCAGGUGCGUACGAGUCCAAGGAUGGAAUUAAUAAGAAGGGAGGGUUGAUGGUCACCAAGAACAAGCGAUUCAAGGAGCUCAAAUCAGAGGGCCCUGGUCCAGGGGCAUAUGAGUUCUCUCCCCUGAUACAAGAUACAGUUCUGAAGGGUACCUUCAAUGCUACACUUAACAACCCCAUAGCUCCACAACUAGACAUGUCUCAGCAUAUGGGGACAUCAGCAAAACAUGCUUUCCUCCUGGGAGUGUGAAGCAGUACUCCACAACAACAACAAAAACAGCAACAACAAAAAACAACAACAUCAACAACCAAUCAGAUUCUGUCAAUACCAAAAACGUUCAGUGAAUGGACAAAUUCCAAGGACUGUUUCCAAACAUACGGGAAAUAUCUUUAAAAUAUUUUACACAUUCAUAUCUAUGAAAAUGGGUCUUUUUUUGAAUGAAAAGCUUUUGUGAUAUGAUGUUUUUAUUUUUUUUUUCUA